GUCCGUUUAAAAUCAACGAUUAUUCUUUUAGUGUUUGCUAGUGGCAAAUACUCCGAACCUUAUCAUUGAUUGUUCUUCUAUAAGUAAGCACUGGUUCAGGUGAGAAACAAAGGACUCAUCGCAAUGUCAGGCGCACAGAAAAGUAAGAAAGCAUCAAAUAUGAAAAAGCAAGCCAAAAGAGUUCAGGAGACUGAUAAGGAGCUGAGAAAAAAGAGGAAGAUUGCGAGAACGAAUACGGCAAAAGAGUUGGUAAAGAGCAUUAGUUAUAGGACAAUGGAGGAGGAGGAGGCCGAUGAGUUCUCCCCUGCAUAUGAUACUGAGAAUGACAAGUUAAUUUCUAAGCGUGACCUGCGGUUUAAUUUUUCUAACAUUAUCAACCAACAACCAUUCUAUUCUCAUCCCUCACAUCCCACCAUUGAUCUUCAUAGUGAAAUGAAGUUACAGCGUCAAAAAAGAUUGGUAGAGCUUGAUAUGCUUAGAGAGAAGGAGCUUGAAGACACAAAGGAGAAUGAUGAAACAGGGUCUGACGAUGAUUUGCUAAGUUUCCCAUCAUCAGAGGAUGAAGAUUUGAUGGAUGCUAAGCUACCACAACUUCACGAAUUAACGACUCUUGGAGGCAAUUAUGAUUCUUGGAGUUCGAAGCUAGAGUCUUUAACCACUGGCUUAGAGCAGGUUGAUCGGCUAAUCAGGCAGCUGAACGAUCACGAUGCGGAAGCCGAAAUCUUGAGCGUUCACGAACAAAGCGUCCUGAAACCAUUCGAAUGUGAAUCAGAUGUUAAGCACAAAGAAAAGAAUAUCUCGAAAACGCUUCGUGUAACAGAAAAUUCAGCGAAGCAAAGCAAUUGUCAACUCAUAUCUGAGACAUCUACCUUUCGCUCGCUCUUGAACGAGAACCAAAUUGCAAUGUGGCUGCCUGAAAGGAAAGAAAGCACUCAAGUACUGGAACCCUGUGAAUCCUCAGACGUUUCAUUUGACGAAUUUCUAAAUUUGGGUGAUGACAGCAGUACAACCAGCGAUACAGAUGUUGAACGUAUGACUUUGUCUUCGUCAAAUACUAUAAUUGAUCAGUCGGGCAGUUUGUCUCGCAAAAGGAAUUUUGAAUACCGCUAUAGCCACGAUAAAAUUAAUUUAGCUUUGGUCGAUAAUCUGAGCUGUCAAGCAGAUUUCAGACGAAAAAACAAAAAGGGACCGUUAAACAAGAGCGCACUAUUUUACGGAAACCACUGCGAGAUGAUAAUCAAUGACUCCCUCUUUCAAUUGAAUGAUUUUGUGAUUUAAGAUUUCCCUUUCAUUUCUUUCGACUGCUUUUGACUCAUCAGCGAUUUUGUAUUUAAUAUAUGUGUAUAACGAUUACAACCACAAGUUGAUUGGCCAAACAAGGGCUACUUUCUCAGCGAGUUAAAUCGUCUUCUCAGAUCAUCCAAAUCAUCUUGAUUUUCGGUUGUUGAGUCAGCUUUUUUGUCAUCCGACGUGCUGGAACCCUGCUUUUCGUUCCUCAAGUCUAUCUGAUAGCAAUCACAUAUUUCUUGCAGGUACUUUUCCACUAGGGAAUCCACGUUGGUGUCGUUGCAUUUAUGGAUUAUGUCUGGGUUAUCGGGAUGAUUUAGCGCAUAUUCGUAGAAUUCCUUUCCAUACUUGUGAGCCAACAAAGACACAAGUUUCUUGUAUUCCUUUAUAUUGACGUAUGAGCUCACAUAUAUCAGCUCGCGCACAAGUUUAACAAUACUUUCAUCAUCGGACUUGCAGAGAAGUUGACGUAGUUUCGAAUGAAGUACUUCACAAUCAACUACCAAUAUUUCCAACAAGUCAAUCAUUUUGUCAUCAUUUACAACUUUGGCAAUCUUCACCUUCGUUAGCAUCAAUUCUCGAUCAAAUUGAGCUCCACCAGUUUUGCUAAGUGCUCUUAAAUCCUUGGAUAGUUGAAAAAGAAUGGCUUUGUUAAUUGACUUCAUUUUCCCAAUCUUGAACUGAAGCUUGGAGCUUGUCAUCUUAAGCGCAGUCUUUAAAAGUAACUAGUGUUAGUUUGAUGUUCAAAUGACGUACUUCCUCAUUCAUUAAGUUGAAUUGUCGCUUUUUAAAAAAUCCAUGCGUUAUGAAAAUUAAGCUAGUUCAGCCCUGAAUUAAAAAAAUAAGGUUACAACCAGUCGGCAAUCGGCUAUCAUCUGGAAGAUUAUGUCUGCGUCUUUAAAGGAAAGAAAAGAAGAGUUUGUAACAGGACUCAAAGGUGGUUCAACCAUUGACAUAUAUGACUUUUUGAUCAACUGGGUGUUGCUUUUGCUUUCUGUUACAUGUUACUGUGACAAUGUUACCACACUGAUUGCGGCUUCAGUAAUACCGCUAUUAUUGAUAGUGUUCAGAAGGACGAAAGAGCCGAGUGGAAAAACAACUAAAAUCAACCUAGACACCUUAUCAUCCAAACAAUUCACACCAUUUAUUACUUACGUGACUGUCUAUCGUGCACAAAUGAUGAUAAUUACGUGUAUUUGUAUUCUUGCAGUCGACUUCCCCGUUUUUCCGAGGAGAUUUGCCAAAGUGGAAACAUGGGGCACCAGCCUGAUGGAUCUUGGGGUCGGGUCCUUCGUAUUUUCGAUGGGCCUCGUGAGCGCCAGACAGAAUAUUAGACAAAGAUUUGAUUCAAAGUACAGCUACUUUAAGAAUUUGAUCACGUCGAUAAAAAAUAGCAUACCAUUACUUAUUUUGGGUGCUAUAAGGUUGUCGAGCGUUAAAUUUUUUGACUACCAAGAGCACAUCACUGAGUAUGGAAAACACUGGAACUUCUUUUUCACUCUGUGUCUUAUUCCACUAAUUGCAAAUGUCUUUGCUCCAAUUAUCAAUCUACUUUCGCCAAUAGUGACAGGAUUUUCAAUAGUGUUAUUAUACGAGGUUGUUUUGACAAAAUUUGGGUUACUGGAAUACAUUCUCAAUUCGCAACGAGAGGGAUUAAUUGGUAUGAACAAAGAGGGACUGUUUUCUUUAGCAGGAUAUCUUGCAAUAUACCUGAAUGGAAUAUCUCUUGGAUAUAUCAUUUUCCCCCUUUUCCCUACCCGCAAAAAUUCGCUGACAGUCAGUGGGUCCAAAGACCAAUGCUUGAAUAAUAGAAAGAUCUAUUCGUUCUCAGUAUCACCAACCAGGAGCUUGUUCAUUCUAGCAACUCUUUUCCAUGCCCUGUAUUACGUACUCGAUACAUGCUACAUUUAUGGAGUCUCUCGAAGAAUGGCAAACGCCUUAUAUGUCAUUUGGGUUUGUGCUUACAAUUAUACAUUCUUAUUUGGCUAUAAGCUUGUUGAGAACCUUGUAUGGGGAGAGCCCCGAUACGAACUGACACACAGCGAAACCAGAAUAACAGUUGUCAAUGAUAACCGUAAUAUAAACUGCGUCCCCAUGUGCCUACGUGCGGUCAAUUACAACGGUCUGACAAUAUUCAUACUGGCAAACGUGCUUACAGGCCUUAUAAAUCUCACAUUCAACACCAUUGACACGAGCGAUACCAUUGCCCUAGUUAUAUUAAUCGCAUAUUGCGCCGUACUCUUCACAGUUGCGUUCUUUUUGUACACGAGAGAGAUACACAUUAGAUAG